CCUUUCUGUGAUUGCACUCAUCUCACCGAGGUCUCUGGCUUCCCUGUAGCACCCACCCUGGAGCAAUGGUCCACGCUUUCGUCAUCCACACAUUGCGGGCCCCAAUGGCUGAGGAAGGUCUUUGCCGAGUGCUCUACUCCUGUGUGUUUGGUGCUGAGAAUUCACCCGAUGACCCACGGCCACAUGGCGCUGAGAGGGACAGGCUUCUCCGCAAGGAACAGAUUUUGGCUGUGGCCAGGCAGGUGGAGUCCAUGUGCCGGCUGCAACAACAGGCGUCUGGCCGGCCCCCCAUGGAUCUGCAGCCCCAGUCCUCGGAUGAGCCAGUGCCCCUGCAUGAGGCCCCACGUGGGGCCUUCCGCCUGGCGGCAGGGGACCCUUUCCGGGAGCCGCGGACGGUGGUGUGGCUGGGCGUGCUCUCAUUAGGCUUUGCCCUGGUGCUGGACGCCCAUGAGAACCUACUGUUGGCCGAGGGCACGCUCCGGCUGCUGGCACGCCUCCUCCUUGACCACCUCCGGCUGCUGGCCCCUGGUGCCAGCCUCCUGCUGCGGGCUGACCGCAUCGAGGGCAUCCUCACCCGCUUCCUGCCCCAUGGUCAGCUGCUCUUCCUCAACGACCAGUUUGUCCAGGGUCUAGGGAAGGAAUUCAGUGCUGCCUGGCCCCGCUGACGCCUUACUGGGUUGGGACUUCCUGAGAAGGCAAGGAGGGAGGAUGGGGAUGGGGACGGACAGACACACAGCCAGGUGAAGCUUGGCGUCUUCCUUCCCAGCCUGCUCCCCACUCUGGUGUGUUGCCACACCCAGGACAAGUGGAUGGGACAAACUGGCAGAAAAGGGGUCGGGCAGAGGGUGGAGGGGAGGGAUCGCAGAGCAUCCUGUGCCCAGAGCUGCUGUGUGACUUACUCAAACCAAUGCAGUGGGCCAGCCCUGCUUGCCCUUGACCCCGCUUGCUCCCGUCCCUGCCAGCCAACCCCACACGGUCCACCAGCCGCUAGUGCUGGGGCGGUGUGGAGCAGCUGCCUGGAACUCGGCCCUCUUUCUUCUUCCAAACCUGCAGUCAUCACAGAGCGAAAGGACUCUGAGAUUCCAUGGUGGGGGAGCCGGCCCCUGCCUUUGCACCCACUGAGGCACCAUUGUCAGCAAGGAUUUUGUUGGUGAAAGCCUUGCUUGGUGUCCAGCCCACCGCAGUUUACAGUGUGUCAGUCAUUCAGCAGGGGGAUUUUGUAGCUCCUUUUGGGCCCAGCCGUGCCCACCGGGCAGCUUCGAGAUAAUCAUGGGCUUCCCUUGUCUGCAGGAAGAGAAGGUGCCAUCAGGUGGGUGCGAGAGGUCUGGCCUGGGUGAUGUUGUCUUUCCCAUUUUGAAUUAAAAGCUGUGUGAUUUCA